CCUCGCUUCGGGAUGAAUUAGCGGCGGGUUCUGUCCCGAGGUUUGACCCCUCAGGAAUCUCCGGGCUGUCCACGUGCCCCCUGCGGCGUGGCACGGCAUUCCCUGCCCGUCACAGCUUCUGAAAAACCAAGUUGGGAGUCCCAGAAGCUGGCAACAAAAGGAUGAAAUUAUUUGCACAUUUCAGAGAAAAAUAAGCUAUGAUGCUUCUGAACCUAUGAACUAUUAGCAAGGCAGAUUCUACCUUCCAAACAUUUUCUAAAAGCAGGACUGUAAAAGCUUGGGAAUACCAAUUUGGAGCUGUCUGAACCUGUCUCCUGGAUUGCAAUUCCAAAACUCCAGCCUCCUGAGUAACUGGGAUUACAGGAGUAUACCACCGCACCUGGCCAGGGAAGACCUUUCUGAGAAAGUGACUUUUGGGCCAAGACCUAAACCAGAAUCAUGGUGUCAUGGAAAGGGAUUUACUUUAUACUUCUUCUGUUUUGGGGAAGUUUUUUUGGAAGCAUUUUCAUGCUGGGUCCCUUUUUACCCUUGAUGUUUGUAAACCCAUCCUGGUAUCGCUGGAUCAGCAACCGCCUUGUGGCCACCUGGCUCACGCUACCUGUGGCAUUGUUGGAGACCAUGUUUGGUGUAAAAGUGGUUAUAACAGGUGAUGCCUUUGUACCUGGAGAAAGAAGUGUUAUUAUCAUGAACCACCGGACGAGAAUGGACUGGAUGUUCCUGUGGAAUUGUUUGAUUAGAUACAGCUACCUCCGAUUGGAGAAAAUUUGUCUCAAAGCCAGUCUCAAAAGUGUUCCUGGAUUUGGUUGGGCCAUGCAGGCUGCUGCCUAUAUCUUUAUUCAUAGGAAGUGGAAGGAUGAUAAGAACCAUUUUGAAGACAUGAUUGAUUAUUUUUGUGAUAUCCAUGAACCACUUCAGCUCCUCAUAUUCCCAGAAGGGACUGAUCUCACAGAAAACAGCAAAGCUCGAAGUAAUGAUUUUGCUGAAAAAAAUGGACUUCAGAAAUAUGAAUAUGUCUUACAUCCCAGAACUACCGGCUUUACUUUUGUGGUAGAGCGUCUAAGAGAAGGUAAGAACCUCGAUGCUGUCCAUGACAUUACUGUGGCAUAUCCCCACAACAUUCCUCAAACAGAGAAGCACCUCCUCCAUGGCAACUUCCCCAAGGAAAUCCACUUCCAUGUCCAUCGACAUCCAGUAGACACCCUCCCCAUGUCCAGGGAGGACCUGCAGCUCUGGUGCCACAAGCGGUGGGAGGAGAAGGAAGAGAGGCUGCGUUCCUUCUACCAGGGGGAGAAGACUUUCAGUUCGACUGAACAGCAUGUAAUUCCACCUUGCAAGUCUGAGCUCAGGGUCCUUGUGGUCAAGUUGCUCUCUAUACUGUACUGGACCCUUUUCAGCCCUGCAAUGUGCCUGCUCAUAUAUUUGUACAGCCCUGUUCGGUGGUAUUUUAUAGUCACCAUUGUAAUCUUUGUGCUGCAAGAGAGAAUAUUUGGCGGACUAGAAAUCAUUGAACUUGCAUGUUACCGUCUUUUUCACAAGCAGGCACAUUUAAACUUAAAGAAAAAUGAAUAAGAUGGUCAGGCUCACAAUGUAAAAACCUAAAGGGAUAUUUUGGAAAUGUUCUAAGCCUUUGUAAACUGAGAUGCAUUUUGCAUGAUUGUCAGAUAUUUCUUACUAUCAUCAUUAUUUGUUAAAAGAUAUUUUGCACUUAAUUUUGUGGGGAAAAUAUUGCUACAAUUUUUUUUUAAUCUCUGAAUGUAAUCUUGAUGCUGCGAAUGUAGCAGGGAUCGAUUGCUGUGACAUAACUUGGGCCAUAAUUUUAUUAAACAAUCAUCAGGCUAUUGAUAGACAAGGUAUAUACAAGUUCUCUGAAAGCCCCAAUCUUCUAACCCAACAGACUCACCAGACCAGAAGCAGGUGUGGAACUCAUGAGUAGUGUGGCCUGACAGGCAUUGGUACUUGACUGCCCAGCUCACCCCCGGAGGUGAGCACUCUUCCUCCAUGCAGCCACGCACGUGGUGCCCGGGCUUGCUCCCUGGGCCCCAUCUGCAUCCUUUGUAUGCCAAUCAAACCCAUCCCAUCCCAUCCUCCUUUAAGAUCAGAAAACAUACCUCCCUUAUCCUCAAACUGAUCAACAUAGGAAUCUUCUCAUUCCACAUAGUAUCUUGGGCUAACCAAGCGAUCAAAAGACCACCUGUGCCCUUUCCUCACAUGGAAAAAUCACACCUGCACAUGACUCAGGGAGCAACCACAGACUCUCCACUUGGAAACCUUAGUUUGAAUUUUAAAAGCUAGGAAUUAGCUCCAGUUCUUCACUCAUCCUCAAUCUUGCAUGCUCAGUGCUGGUUUCCUUACAACUUGGCAGGUGUAGCUUUUUCUGUUAAAAGGGGUAGGCAUUCAGCCACAUGCUGUCUUAGAGGCAUGCUGAGAGGAACAUCCUGUUAUUGUAGACAGAAACUUUCUUGUGAAAUAUUUUUUAAAACCUACCAAAAAAGGGAGGUUAUUGUUUUCUACGAGUGCAUGGGUAUCUAGCUUCUGCCAUUAAAACAACCACAAAAAUACAGACAUGGCAGUAAUGGUUUAUCCUAAAUUAUUCAAGCCUGGUAGCUUUGAUAGAUUUUACACAAGGAUAACACAGAUGAAUCCUUUUCAAUGAUAGCAGGGAAACCUCUCUCUUUUUAGUCCCAGGCUUUCUCUUUCAAUAGUAAUAUUUAAACCCACUUUUGAUCAACUGUUCGUCUAAAUACUUCUGUCACUUGGAGUCAGAAGAAAAUCUAGUGAACCAAAAGCACUGUCUCCUUCUGAGGCAAAAGGAGCAUGUCAUCAUAGGUUCCAUCCCAUUGGAGCUCUGCCCUCCUGUUUUUUUUUUUUUUUUUUUUUGGCCAGGUAAUAGGGAUAAUGGUCGAGCUGCAAAAAUAUGAGCCUAUUAAAAGUCUUUAGCUGUUGGCCAGUCUGUGAGCUCUACUGCUCAGUGAGCCAGCUUCCAGAGCUACUUAUUGCUUUAUGUACUCUUGGGGCAUGAAUGCCUUCUCUUUAGUGACAUCUCAUUUUUGCUUGACAGUGACUUCUACCCAGCAGUUCAGUCAUCCAUUGCCAUGAAAGGUAAGCACAUCAUGAGCUCAACUUACUGAACAGAUUCUAUGAGAAAGCACUGGUUGGGGCAGAACACUGUGGACAUAUUGUAUUUAUUGAGACAGUAUUAACUAGUGCCCACUGAAACCACCAACCCACACUUAACUGUUUCUUCAAAGCUGCAAUUGACAUAUUCCAGCCCAGCCAUUUACCUUUGUGGGGUUUAAGGGGUUUUUUAAAAACAAAAAACAACUUUUUUUCCUUUCCUUAAUGAGAGAAGUCUCUAAGUUCCUCCAAGAAUUUUUGGGUCAUAUUUAUAUACAGAAAUAGUUUAAUAAUCAGGAUUGCAUUUGUCCUGGGGUAAAAAUGAUAAGCUAUGCUAUCUACCCCAGGUGAAAACAUAGCCCCCUCACCUGCCUUUCCUGCACAUUUAUUGGUCAAGUUACAACUACCAUGUAAAUGUGUUUAAGAUAAAAUACAAAAUUGAUUUUACCUGCUCAUAAUUCAUAAUUACAAAGCACUAAAAUCUGUAAAAUCCACACUGUACUUGCUUUAAGAUUUAGAAAUAACUCCAAAAAAUUAGUCUUCUAUUUUAUGACAGGAAGGUCUUUUUUCAUUGUAAUAAUUCAUGUUGAUCUACACAUUGUUAACUGUGUUUAAAGCCUGAGUCUUUUUUAAUUUAAAAAAAUUAAAGAACUAUAGUCAAUGAUUUGGAGCUUAGAACUGUUUAAAGUUGAUACUGAAACACCACGUGCAUCAUCGCAGCUCCAGUCAUUGUGACAGUCCCCGGGAGUUUUUUCUGCCGCGCUUCCCACCAUCACCGUGGGCUCUGCUCGGAGCAGCUGCAAGUCUUGCCCUGCAAACGAGUUCUACUCACUGUUCUCUCAGUCCUUUGAAGGUGACUUUGAAAUGUUCACAAUGUAUUUGUCCAAUUGCCAAAUUUACCAUUCUAAAAGGUUCUAAGGAUAGCAAGUAUGAUCUAUUUACAAUAUGAACCACUGUGCUUAAAAUAUAAGGGGUAUCGACUGGGUAACAAGUUCUUACACCACAUAUCUUUUAUGAAACAAGCCAAAGUACUUGCUUCAAAAAUUUAGAGAAUAUAGUGAAAAACUUAAAAAAUAAAUGUUAAAAGAGCCCAUCAUUUUAGACUCCAAUAAUCCUUCCUUAUGCCAUCAAAAUGCAUGUUAGAAAAAAAAUAACAGCUUUCAUGUAAUGUCAUUUUGAAAUGAAUUACUGCAAUAGCACCAUGUCAAGAACGGGAUAUUGGUGGCCAAGACCACAUCUUGAGACAGGCAUGUUCUGUUUCCCCUGGACUUCAUGCUCUGGCCCCAAUAAUGACACCCCUGUGCACUCUUACAGUAAGGACUAAUGGAGGAGCCUGUUGGUGUUAAAUUGUUUACAUUUUUUUUAUAUAAAUAAUGUGCUUUCAGUGCCUUAGUUUGGGUUUCAUUCUUUUUUUUUAUUCCAAGAAUUCUGCAAUGCAUUUCUUAGGUAAAGCCUCUUCCAGUGGGAGGUAAAGGUCUGUAAGUACCAGUCACUGAGUGUAACACCGCUUAGUCACAUGUGGGGAAGAGCACUCGGUGCUGAGGCAUGGUGGCCCUACAGUAGUUAUCAUGCUGUAGAAGAUGAAAGUGGUUCUGCCACAUGAUGAGCUUUGGUUGAGGUCUGGCCCUAAAGUUGUCUUGUCCCUCCCUAAAAUUUUUAUUUCAGAAGAGAAUCUUGGUUUUAGUAAUUCAUUUUUUAAAAAUAUCCUUAUGUGAAAAACACCAAGUUUUAAAAAUAACUCACAGAAUGGCCUUAGUUUUUAAUGUCUACUGGUGUGUUUUGUGAGUCGUGUUAUCUGUGAUCCACAUCCAGAAUAAAGUGGUGUACGUGAAAUAGAGUUUA